AUGGAUGCAAGUAACAAUAUUUUUCCAUUAGCAUUUGGUGUUGGCGAUUCAGAGAAUGAUGAAGCUUGGGAAUAUUUCUUCACAAAGCUCAAAGAAACAUAUGGAGAACGUAAAGAUCUAGUAAUCAUAUCUGAUAGACAUCAAAGCAUCGAAAAUGCUGUUCAAACAGUAUACCCUAAUGUCUUCCAUGGAGCAUGCAUUUUUCAUCUACUUAACAACAUUAAGGCCAAUCUUCAUAUCCAUGGAGAUGAUUUGACUAUAAACUUUGUUAAAGCAGCAAAAGCAUAUACAUUGGUUGGGUUUGAGUACUAUAUGGCUGCUCUUGACAAAAUAGAUGCCCGUAUAAGGCCUUACUUAGAAAAAGUAGGUUACCAUACAUGGGCGAGAUCUCACUCACCAAAAAGGAGAUAUACCAUGAUGACAUCAAAUAUAGCGGAGUCUAUUAAUGCAGCAAAUAAAGCGGCAAGGAAUUUGCCAAUAACCUUAAUGUUGGAAUGCAUAAGAAGCGUUGUACAAAAAUGGGUUUGGACUAAUGGAAAUGAGGCGAAUGGAACCUUUACAGCGAUAUCAUCAGAAGCUAAAGCUGUAUUGAGAGAGAACUAUCUAAAAUCUACUAAAUUUGAGGUAUGUUGUUUGCUUUUAAUUGAUUAAUACUAUAUUUUGAAAACUAAAAUAAAGUAACCUGAUAUAUUAAUAUACUGAACAAAUUUGUACCAGGUGACAUUAUUUGUAAUACCUUUUUUUUAUUGUUAUUUUACAUAUGUUUGACAGGUGAGACAAUGCAACACUAUUUUUUCAGAAGUGAUUGAAGAAAGAGGAACUUAUAUAGUCAAUAUUCAAGAGAAAACAUGCACAUGUAGAAGGUUUCAAGAAGAUGAAGUACCAUGUUCACAUGCACUUGCUGUCAUUGCAAAAAAAAAAGG